GCGAGCUCAGGGCGCAUCUUCCACCUCGCCCAAGCCUCUGCCUUCGCUAGCUCUUCAUGCUGCCCACCUGAAAGGAAGACAUGGGCACCGGCGAUUUCAUCUGCAUUUCCAUGACUGGAGGUGCUCCCUGGGGCUUCCGAUUGCAAGGUGGCCGGGAGCAGAAGCGACCCUUACAAGUUGCAAAGAUUCGUAGCCAGAGCAAAGCCUCAGUGUCUGGGCUGUGUGAGGGGGAUGAGGUGGUGUCUAUCAAUGGCAAUCUGUGUGCAGACCUCACCUACCCAGAAGUCAUCAAACUCAUGGAAAGCAUCACAGACUCCCUUCAGAUGCUCAUCAAAAGACCAUCCAGUGAAAUAAAUGAGGCUGUGGUCUCUGAAACUGAAAACAAAAACCACGAGCAUCUCACACAGGAAGGGUAUGUGGAAAGUACCACCCUGCAGAUUCGACCGGCCACAGAGACCCAGUACAGAGAGUUCUCCAUCUCCCUGGCCAAGAGCAGAGCUCCUCUAGCUGAGGACCAGAGAAGUGCUUCUGAUUGUGCAGGGAGCUCAAAAGAAGAAGCAGGCCUGAGCUACCAAACAGCUCCCCAAGCGCUUGACUCCCUAGAAGGAUCCUUGAGAGAAAAGCUAGAAGCAGGAAGACUGGGCACCGUGGUGGAGCUACAACUGUCACUUUCACAGGACCGUCACAAGGACACCAGCGACCCUGCUGUGGCUCUCCUGGGAGCUAAGAAGCCAAAGUCUCCUGACCUAGACCCGUGCUUGCAGCAUGAGGGGGCUGUCCUCAUAAAUUCCGUCCCUGCUGAUGCAGAAGGAGACCUUUCUCUGAGGUCCAGCAAGACACUCCAGGUCUCCAGCAGCAGAGAGCUGAGAGUGAUCCAAGGGAGUGCAGUGGCAGCAGACGGGCUGCCCCAGGUAGAAGUGAUCCUCGAUUGCUCUCACAGGCAGAGGACUGAAGGGUGCAGGCUGCAGGCAGGAAAGGGGUGUGUGGCUUCUCCAGCGGAAGGAGGGCAGUCCGAAGCACCUCCUUCUCUGGUCUCAUUUGCCGUCUCAUCAGAAAGCACAGAGCAGGGAGAAGAUCCACUCGGGGAAAAGGAUCACAGCAGACCACACAAGCACAGAGCGCGGCACGCACGGCUCAGGAGGAGUGAAAGUUUGUCAGAAAAGCAGGUGAAAGAAGCAAAGUCUAAAUGCAAAAGCAUUGCCCUCCUUCUCACCGAUGCCCCCAACCCCAACUCCAAGGGGGUGUUGAUGUUUAAGAAGCGCCGGCGGAGGGCCAGGAAGUACACCCUAGUCAGCUACGGUACUGGAGAGCUUGAACGAGAGGCGGACGAGGAGGAGGAGGAGGAAGGUGACAAAGAGGAUACAUGUGAAUUGGCCUUUCUUGGCACAAGUGAGUCAGAAGUGGAUGAAGAGUUGCUGUCUGACAUUGACGACAACACCCAAGUAGUGAACUUUGACUGGGAUUCGGGACUGGUGGACAUUGAGAAGAAGCUGAACAGAGAGGACAAGAUGGAGAUGUUGCCAGACACCACAGGAAAAGGAGCCCUCAUGUUUGCCAAGAGGAGGGAGAGGAUGGAUCAGAUCACAGCACAGAAAGAAGAGGAGAGGGUGGUUGGAAUACCAGGCAGAGAGGCAGAGAUUGCCCAGACAGAAGGCCUGAGAACCACGACUUCAUACCAAAGGAAGGAAGAGGAAUCGGUGAGGAUGCAGACCUCUGUGAGCAAAAGCUACAUCCACAUGGGCCAUAGCCUUGGGCAGGUGCCUCAACAGAAUGGCUUCAGUGGAGGAUCCGAGACAGCAGAGGCCCAGAGGCCAAUCCCUAUGAACAGAACGGCCAAGCCUUUCCCAGGCUCUACAAACCAGUCAGCAGCUCCCUUCUCCCCAACUCACAACAUCCCGAGUCCCAUCUCUGACUUCCCUGCUCCUCCACCUUAUUCUGCAGUCACUCCUCCACCUGAAGCCUUCUCCAGAGGGGUAUCAAGUCCCAUCGCUGGCCCAGCACAGCCCCCUCCGUGGCCUCAGCCUGCUCCGUGGUCCCAGCCAGCCUUGUAUGAUGCAACUGAGAGGAUAGCAUCCCGGGAUGAGAGGAUUGCAGUGCCAGCAAAAAGAACAGGGAUAUUGCAAGAAGCCAAACGGAGAAGCACCACAAAACCCAUGUUCACGUUCAAAGAGCCCAAAGUAAGCCCAAAUCCGGAACUCUUGUCACUUCUUCAAAAUUCAGAAGGCAAACGGGGCACUGGAGCUGGUGGCGAUUCUGGACCUGAAGAAGACUACCUCAGUUUAGGAGCAGAGGCUUGUAAUUUCAUGCAAAGCUCCUCUGCUAAACAAAAGACCCCACCUCCUGUUGCUCCUAAACCUGCAGUCAAAUCCUCAUCCUCCCAACCAGUUACUCCAGUUUCUCCAGUCUGGUCUCCAGGAGCAGCUGCAACCCAACCUCCUGCCUUCCACACAUCAAACCCAUCACAGGGCACAGUGGUCUCUUCCAUCAAAAUAGCCCAGCCUUCUUGCCCUCCUGCCCGGCCUGCCAGUGUGCUGAACCUGUCUGGUCCCUUUAAAGGACCACAAGCAGCAGUAGCCAGUCAGAAUUACAGCCCCAAGCCAACAGUGCCCAUACCAACAGUCAAUGCUGCUCAUGCUGGGGCAAUGGGACCAUCCAAUGAGCUUCCUGGAAUGAGUGGGAAAGGAGCCCAGCUCUUUGCUAAGAGGCAGUCAAGAAUGGAGAAGUACGUGGUGGAUUCCGACACUGUCCAGGCCCAUGCUGCCAGAGCUCAGUCUCCCACUCCAUCCCUACCGGCCAGUUGGAAGUAUUCCUCCAACAUCCGAGCACCUCCUCCUGUGGCCUACAAUCCUAUCCACUCUCCCUCCUACCCAUUGGCUGCCAUCAAGUCUCAGUCAUCAGGCCCACAGGCCUCUAAAGUGAGCAAGAAAAAGGGCAAGAAACCCCUCAACGCUUUGGAUGUCAUGAAGCACCAGCCGUAUCAGCUCAAUGCAUCCUUGUUUACUUUCCAGCCUCCAGAUGCAAAGGAUGGCCUCCCCCCGAAAUCAUCAGUCAAGGUCAACUCAGCCCCUGCCAUGAAGCAAGCUCUUCCUUCCAGGCCAGUCAAUGCCACCUCACCCACGAAGGUGCAGGCUUCGUCUGUGUACUCAGUACCAGCCUACACUUCUCAGCCUACAUUCUUUGCAGAGGCCACCUCUCCAGUCAGUGCAUCCCCAGUGCCUGUGAGCGCCCCCACCUCUCCAAAGCAAGAGUCCACUGCCUUGUCAUCUUAUUUUGCAGCACCACGGCCGAAGUUCUCAGCCAAGAAAAGUGGUAUCACAAUCCAGGAGAGUUGGCGCUCCCUGUCUCUUCCGGGAAAACCGGUCCCACCCAUCAUUUCUACAACAUCUCCUUGGGCAUACCAGCCUGCUUAUAAUUACUUCAGCAAACCAGCAGAUGGGCUGGAGAAAGUAAACAGGAGACCCACACCUUGGGAAGCAGCAGCAAAGUCUCCUCUUGGCCUUGUGGAUGAUGCCUUCAGACCCAGAAAUAUCCAAGAGUCCAUUGUGGCAAAUGUGGUCUCGGCAGCUCGGAGGAAGGUGCUUCGGGGACCCCCAGGAGACUGGGAUGAGAAACUGUCCUAUGCUCCUCAAACACAGAAGGCCAAUAUGGAUUCAUUUGAAAGGCAAGAGUAUCAUGUUACUUCCGUAGCCAAUAAUAGCAUGCCUACCAACUUUCGGUAUGGUUCACAGUUGCCAUAUGCGUAUCAUAGGCAGGUUUCUAGGAAUGAUUCUGAAAUAAUGUCCUUGGAGACUAGGUCUGAUUACUGCCUUCCGGCAGCUGAUUGCAACUAUAACCCACACCCCAGGGGUUGGAGACACCAAAUAUGAGAGAACUAACUGUAUGACAACUAUGAUUUUUUUUAAUGUUCCUUUGUAGAUGUUUCUACUUUUCUAAUAGAUCUAGAUUCACUUUUGGUCUUGGCUGGUUCUCAUGGGUCAUUUACCUGGGUCUGUGCGUGUAUUUAUGCACAUGCACACACAAGUGUGAACCAUUUCCUUGUCUGCAGAUGUAUAGAGUAUUUCUUGGAAGAAAAACUCAUUUUCGGCAUUGAUGAUCUGAUAUCUGUGUAAUUCAAAAUUUUAAUUCCAUUUAUAAAGG